AUGGACCGCAAAGCAGACAUCCUCACACAUUCUGAUCUUCUGUACCUCACAGAAACCAUCGAUAAGGCUACUCAACUCAAUAAAAUAGUCGUUUCCACUGAUGUCUUCAUAUCUAUGAUCCGCAAUUGCUUGGAACUAGUCAGCAGGCUCAUCAACCCUGAUAUGGCCGAACAAUGGGAGGAUCUGAUAGCACAUGGGAAUUACCCUGGACCGUUGACAAUGGUGGAGAACAUUGACAAGCUGCUGUGUAUGCUGGCGGAUGCUCUCUGGAUCGAGCGCAAAAGCUUCACAAUGUCAACAAAGAACAUGGAUAUUCAUCUGGAGCCACGGAGGCUGACGCCAAUGAGCUGCGGUUGUGUGUUCAAGCCCUCGGUUCACGGCGGACAGUUCGGCAGCCAUGAUGAGAUCCUCAUACCAGAGUCAGAAAUGCAGCGAGUCUUUUCUCUGGGCCACAAGGAAGUGAUGGUUAUUCAUACCUACUACAGUAACCUGUUAGAGAUGUUGUCCAGACUGGAGGUGAAAACCCUUGCUGACCAACAGGCAGACAAGAGGCAUCACACUGGUCAGCUGGCCACAGCAGUAAUCUCAGCAACAGUUCGAGAUGUUUCCAGGGCAGAAAAUGUUCCUGUCUCUGUCCAGUACACCUUAUCCUCUGGGAUUACGGCAGAGUAUUCCAAACAAGUCACUCCCGUCUGCGUCUUUUGGAAUAUCAUGGCGGGUCAUGCAAGUGCUUGGUCCAAGAAAGGGUGCAGAGCACUGCCUUCUCUUCCUGAUGUCACUUCCUGCUUCUGCAACCACACCACCAAUUUUGCUGUCCUCAUGAAUUAUAUGGAGCACAGGUGGAGUGCUAAAGAGGAGAGCAUUCUGACGAAGCUGACGUUUAUCGGAUCCGGAGCGUCUCUCUGCGCACUGGUGGUGACCUUGAUGCUGUUUACCGUGUUAGACAUCCCGAAAUCAGAUCGGACAUCAGUUCACAAAAAUCUUUUUGUGUCUCUGACUUGUGCUCAAAUUGUCCUUCUCUGCAGCGGUUCUGCUGUUCAUAAUAAGGUGGCCUGCACGCUUGUGGCAGCUCUGAUGCAUUUGUUCUUCAUGGCAGCCUUCAGCUGGAUGCUGGUGGAGGGCCUGCUGCUCUGGAGCAAAGUAGUGAGCGUUAAUUUGAGCGAGGACCGACACAUGAAAUACUACUACCUGAUUGGCUGGGGUCUGCCCGCGCUGAUCGUUACCAUCACACUGGCCUCUGCUGCUGGGAAUUACUCAGCGGAUGGCCACUGCUGGCUCAGUGUUCAGAACGGCGUCAUAUGGGGCUUUGCAGGACCAGUCAUCUUCAUUAUUAUGGUGAAUAUCAUGAUUCUGACCCGGGUGGUCGUGAUCACCAUGGCCACAGCCAAGAGGAGAUCUUUGAUGAUGACUCUGAACACCAGCCCAGAAGAGCAGGUCUCCGAGCAGAUAAGGUACGCUUUCUCAUGUGGCCACAUGGAGGCGCCCUUUCACAGCUGUGCUCCCGUCUGA